UGUUUCCUGCGUGUGACGUCACUGGAGCGCAGCGUUGUGUGUUCUGCACGUGUGUUGGAGGUUCGGCGUCAUGGCGUUCCGGCUCUUCAUGAAGUUCUGCACCUUCACCCGGAUACACAGAGGGAAGCUGCUCGGCGCCUCUUCCCUCGCCCUGUUCGCCGCCAAGAUGUCAUAUCACGCCCUCCCAGAGCUGACGUUCCGGAAGCUGUACCAGGGCUGGUUCAGAGGGGAACCCGCAGAGUUGUCUGACAAACUCCAUGCGCUCUUCCGGGAAGUCCUAGAAGAAGCACGCUGCACCUCCUCCUCUGGAUACACCCCCUUUGCGGUCUACGGCUUCCACCCAAUCAGCGCCGGCGUACCCUGGCUCCCCGGCGGUUGCUUGAUUGGCAUUCCCCCCAAUUAUAACGGCGCCGAGGACGGGGCGGGAAUCGUGAAUCGGGUGUUGGUGGUGGAGGGCGAGGAGGUGGACUGGAGCGGCGACGUCGGGAGGAAGCUGAGGGACUCCUUGACGUUCUCUUUGGACGCUCAGAAAUUCUCUUUGGCUCGCGAGGCCGUCCAGGCGCAGGACAGCGGCCCCGUCAUCCAGGCGUUUGUGGCCCCGGCCUGUUUCGCCUCCGUCUGCGUUUCCAGCGUGGGGCUCAAGCAGCUCCUGGGACUGUACUCCGGCCCCGUGUUAUUGAGGGGGGUCUUUAACAUGCUCGCCGUCGCGCUGGGAUUCACCGGGUACGUCUUGUGCUCCGACGCGGUCAGCCAUUGGUUGGAUUACAGGGCCGACCGCAAGGUGGCCGCCCUAUCCGGAGGCUACGCCCGGGGCGGGCUGGAGUUCUACGACAAGAUAUUGGCCCGCAACCAGAUCCUGCGCGGGAUUAUGGGGGAGAAGGGGAAGGCGAUGUACGCGCCAAGCGGCAAUUUGUAUCCCAGACAUAAACUGCGGCUGAAGCAUGCGCCGUAUACCUGCCGGAGGGACCGCAUACAACGUGCACUGCAGGCAAUGCGCUCGUGA